CCGGCCCCUCUUCGCUUGCGCUCUCAUGGCGUGGCUACUUCCACUUCCUUUUUGUCUCUUCUUUCCUUCCUGUAGUGGCACGGGGAGCUAGGGCUCCUCCGGCCUUUGGGCCUCCCUCCGACCCAACGUCGCCCGCGGCCUGUCCCUGCUCCUGCCGCUGCUGGCGAGCCGAGCUGCCCCCGGGGAUCGGGGGUGUGCGCUGAGCGGAGCCGGCUGCCAGGCCCUGCCUCGGGGGUCUUUGUGAGCGCGGGGCCGGGCGAUUCUCUCGGCAGUUCUGCCUUCUGAGCCCUCUGUCCUUCUCCAAGAGGGUGGGAAUGGCCCCUGUGUUCCUGACAGCGCCAGGCUGCAAAGUCCAAAAGGAAUCAGUAACAUUUAAGGAUGUGACUGUGCAUUUUACGCAGGAAGAGUGGGGAAACCUGGACCCUUCUCAGAAGGAGUUGUACAAGGAUGUGAUGUUAGAGAAUUACAAGAACCUUGUCUUCCUAGGACUUACAGUUUGGAAACCAGAUGUGAUCUCCCAUUUGGAAGAAGGAGAAACACCUUGGAUACAGGACUCAGAAGUACUUUGGAGCACCUCUCCAGAUUGGAUGACUGGGCCUGGAACUAAGCAGUUAACAGAGAAAAGACUUAGAAGGGAUGGUUCCUAUGUCUUUAAAUUGGGAGAAGCAUUGAAAUAUUAUGUCACUUUGGAGAAGCAGGAGCCGAACCACGAGGAGAAACAUUCUAGAAUUCCUAUUGGAGAAAAUCUCCAUAAAAGUCAUGAAUAUACCAAGGCCUUCUGGAACACACACAUGGUCGAUCAUCAAACAAUUCACAGUAGAGAGAAGCCUUAUGAAUGUAAUUAUUGUGGAAAGGCCUUCCGCUCCAGCUCAUACCUUAUUCAACAUCAGAGAACUCAUACUGGGGAGAAACCUUAUGAAUGCAGUGAUUGUGGAAAAAGCUUCCGCUGGAGCUCACAGUUUACUCAACAUCAAAGACUGCAUAGUGGAGUGAAACUUUAUAAAUGUAAUGAUUGUGGGAAGGUAUUCCCGAAUAGGACAUACCUUACUGAACAUCAGAGAAUUCAUACUGGAGAGAAGCCUUUUGAAUGUAAUGAUUGUGGGAGGACCUUCCGAUGGAGCUCUCAAUUUACUCAACAUCAAAGACUGCAUACUGGAGUGAAACUUUUUAGAUGUGAUGAUUGUGGGAAGGUUUUCCCCAAUAAGACAUACCUUAGUGAACAUCAGAGAAUUCACACUGGAGAGAAACCUUAUGAAUGUAAUGACUGUGGGAAGACCUUCCGAUGGAGUUCACAGUUAACUCUUCAUCAGAGAACUCAUACUGGAGAGAAACCUUAUAAAUGUAAUAACUGUGAAAGAGCCUUCCGUAGCAAAUUACACCUUACCCGACAUCAAAGACUUCAUACUGGAGAGAAACCUUACGAGUGUCAUGAAUGUGGUGAGUCUUUCCGGUGGAGCUCGCAACUGACUGUACAUCGGAAAAUUCAUACUGGAGAUGCUCCUUACAAAUGUGAUGAUUGUGGGAAGGUCUUCUGCUGGAGCUCACAGUUUAUUGAACACCAAAGAAUCCAUACUGGAGAAAAACCCUACAAGUGUAAUGAUUGUGGAAAGGCCUUUGGCUGGCUCUCACAGUUUACUAGACAUCUAAGAAUACAUACAGGAGAGAAAACCUAUAAAUGUUAUGAAUGUGGAAAGACCUUCCUUGACAGCACAUAUCUUACUGAACAUCAGAGAAUUCAUACUGGAGAGAAGCCUUAUGAAUGUAAUGAUUGUGGAAAGGUCUUCCACUGGAGUUCAUACCUUACUCAACAUCAGAAAACUCAUACUGGAGAGAAGCCUUAUAAAUGUAAUGAAUGUGGAAAGAACUUCUGCUGGAGGUCACAGUUUACUCAACAUCAGAGACAGCAUACUGGAUUGAAGUUAUAUAAGUGUAAUGAUUGUGGGAAAUCCUUCCUUAACAAGACAUACCUUACUCAACAUAGGAGGACUCAUACCAGAGAGAAGCCUUAUAAGUGUAAUGAGUGUGGAAAAAACUUCCGUUGGAGCUCACAAUUUACUCAACAUCAGAGACUGCAUACUGGAGUGAAACUGUAUCCAUGUAAUGACUGUGGGAAGUCAUUCCUUAGUAACACAUACCUUACUCAACAUAAGAGGACUCAUACAAGAGAGAAGCCUUAUAAGUGUAAUGAUUGUGGGAGGACCUUCCGAUGGAGCUCACAGUUUACUCAGCAUCAGAGACUGCAUACUGGAGUGAAACUUUUUAAAUGUGAUGAUUGUGGUAAGGUAUUCCCCAAUAAGACAUACCUUAGUGAACAUCAGAGAAUUCAUACUGGAGAGAAGCCUUUUGAAUGUAGUGAUUGUGGGAGGGCCUUCCGAUGGAGUUCACAGUUAACUAUACAUCAGAGAACUCAUACUGGAGAGAAGCCUUAUAAAUGUAACAGUUGUGAGAAAGCUUUCCGUUGCAAAUUAAAUCUUAAUCGACAUCAGAGAAUUCAUGUUGGAAAAAAAUAAGUGUAAUAAUUGUCAGUGGCCUUUGGCUAGCUCUCUCAACUUAUAUGACAUCUGUGAAUUCAUACAGGAGGAAAAAUACCUAUAUAUGUUACAAAUGCAGAAAGACUUGCCUCAACAGCACAUAUAUUACUGAAAUAUUAGAGAAUUCUACUGGAGAGAAGCCUUCUGAAUGUAACAAUUGUGAAAACACCUUACAUGCCAACCCACAUCUUACUGGACAAAAGAGACUCCAAACUGGAAAGAAACUUCAUGAAUGUAGGAACAUUUUCCACUGGAGCUCACAAUUUACACAGUAUCAGAGAACACAAACUCUUAUGAAAGUUGUACUUGAGAAUUUUUUCUCAAGUGACAACUUAACUGAACAUCAGAGAAUGUAUACUGCAGAGAAGCAUUAUGAACAUAGAAAGGCUUUUCAUGAAAAGUGAGCUGUUACUUGACAUCAGUUAACUCAUACUGGAGAGAAACCCUAUAAAUAUGGUGAAUGUGGAAAGGUCUUUGAAAGCAGAGCUCUUACUCAAAGUCAUAGUGCUCAUAUUGGAAAAAACUUACGGAGAUAGAAACUUGUGAAUGUAAUUGAGAAGGCUUUCAGCUAGUUGAGCUGAAUAUGAAAGGAAAUCAGGAAUUGAAUGAGGAGAUUUAAGAUUAGAGGGCAAUUCAGGUAUGGGGUUCAGAGAGUUCAAAGACAGAGUUGUAAGCUGGAUCACUAUCAUAUCGAGAUUCUCUGGAACCAUUUCUCCUCAAACCCCACCCCCCCCCUUGGCCAUGUAGAUUAGAAUAGGUUUUUGCCCUGAAAGGCAAGGUAGCUUUCCCCAAGACUUAAUUGGCAAGUAGGCUAAGGCUCAAGCUGUCUAGCUGUUGGUGCAUCUUCUUUAAGGUAUGUUAACAUAGCUUCCUAGUCAUCUAAGAACAUAAAAAAGCUAGACUCCCAGUUCGUGGGGAUUUAGCACAUUCUCCUCUGCUAACCAGAUUUGUUUCUAUAUGUAGAUGAAAGGUGACCUUUCUAUCCAAGCUAAGUGUUACACUCUUAUUGAGUAUCUUUUUUCUGCUAUGGCUAAGUAAAUCUUUUAACUAUUGAUUGAGAACGCAUUCCUUUACAAUAUUUGACUUAAACUAGUGGAUCAGCUUGAGGCAGGCCUGGUCCACAACAUUCCAUUUAUCUGGAUCAAAGUGCCUGGAGAGGAAUAAUGUGUAAGUACACUUAGAGAGGUAAGAAGGGCCCUGAGUGUAAAGAAUUUUUAAUGACAGAAAUGGUUAUAUUCUAGAGCAGGGAUGGGGAACCAGCAGCCUUGAGAACAUAAAUGGCUGUCUAGGUCCUCAAGUGCUAUGUUCUGUGAAGUUUGUAUUUUGUCAGAGGGCUGCAUUUGAGGACCUAGAGGGCCACAUGUGGCCUCAAGGCUAAGGUUCCCCACUCCUGUCUAGAGGCACUAAGGAGCCACUGGAGUUGUAUAGAAGUAUUAUUUCUGUAGUCAGACCUAUGAGUUAAGAAAAUCACUGGAUGUGUGGAGAACGGAUUUGACUAGGAAGAGGCUAAUGCAAAGAAACCAAAUAGCAGGUUAUUUGCAAUAGUCUGAGUGAGAAAUGUGAUGAGGACAUGAAUUAAGGUGGGAGCUGUAUGGGUGAAGAAAAUGGGAAAUGUCCAUCUUUGUACAGAGACAUUGAUAAGAUUUGACAACUGAUUGGAAGUAGGGAGUAAGAGUGAGUAAUUAAGGAUUACACAGAGGUUAGGGACCUGAGUGACUGAAAGGAAUUGUAAUUUAUUCAGUAAUAGGAACAGUCUGAUGAACAGUGGUUUAGGGAGGUGAAAAGAUAAUGAAUUCUAUCAUCUACAUGAGAAAUCUAUGGGGAAAUCUAGUUAAAGUGCCUGUUAGAUAGUAUGGAUGCUGUGUGAUAUGGAACUGAAGCUCAGUAGAGAGCCUAUGGUUAGAUAUAUAAAUCUGGAAGUUUUCUGCUUUGAGAUGGUAAUUAGACCCCUGGGAUAUGAUGAGAUAGCUAAAGAAUAUAUGGUAGAGAAAAGGCCCAGUAUAGAACCUUGUGUUGUACCUACUGUUAGUGACAUAUCACAAAUGAAGACUGAGCAAAGGAAAAGAAAGAGUGAUCAGCCAAGCAAGAGGAAAACCAGGAGAGAGUAGUAUUAAGAAAACCCAGAAAGGAAAGUACGGUAAACAGUACCAAGUGCUACAAGCAGGUUGAGAAUGAUGGCACCACUUGUUGGUUUAUAUUGUACUCAACAAGUUCAGGUAUGAGUUGAACUAGAUGGCAGCUGAGCUUCCUUUGAACCCUAGAAUCUUAGGAUUAAGUGAAUACUUUGACCCAAUGAGCUCUGAUUUUUUUUAACCAUUUAAAAAUUAUAAACUAUUCUUCAUCAAUGAUCAAACUACAAAUAAAAAUAAACCAUUAACAUUUUAAAAAGUAAGACCACUCAAAUUCACAACAUAAAACAGUUUUGCUUUUUGUUCUGUAUCCCUUUUUAGGAUUUUGAAUCUGCUACCUUUUAGUUUUUUAUCCUGGUUCUUGACCCCAUUGAUAAUCCAUUUGCAGUGUCAGUCCAAAUAUACAAGGUAUUCCAGAAGUCUUAGUGCAGUUUUAAGUUUAAAUAACCUUAGAACGUCACCAAAAUUUUUGGAACUACCCCGCAUAUAUACACACACACACACACACAUAUCCCUCCCUCUCGCCCGCUCUUCUCCCUCCCUCCCUCUCUCUCUACAUACAUACAUACACACACACACACACACACACACACACACACACACACGUACACACGUGCAUUGAUGGAAGAGUUCUAUAGAUUGGUCAUCUGAUUUUUAUAUCACGUUCCAGACAACAGGUAUUUUUCCUGUGUGAGUAAUUAGGGCAAAUUCUCAAGUGAUUGUAUAUCUCAUUUAGGAGGCUCUUCAGUGUUCUGAAAUUUGAGAUUAUCAUUACAAUGAAUGUCAUUCACAAGAGCAUGUAAAGAACCUCACCACCUAUUGGGAAUGAUAUAUAUCAUAUAAACACACUAAUAUGCUAUAUUUCAAAGGAGGGUUGCAUUCAAUCUACAUACAGUUCUUCUAUUCACACUUUGUAUCACUUUAUAUAGACUAUUUCAUAUUGUUUUUUUCAUUUUAUAUUUCCUAAUUAAUAGCAUGAUUGUUUUGCAUUGUAUCAUACUUUAUUCAGCCAUCCUAUCAUUAUGUUUAUGUGUGUGUGUUAUUGGCAUUUUUGCUCUUGCAUAAAGGUGCUGAGGAUAUUUUAGAGUAGAAGCCCUUUUUUUCCUUAUAAAUUUAGUGUGAAGUCCUUCUAUGAAAUUGCUAGGAUGAAAUGUCUGGUCAGUAUUUUCACUCAUUGAAUAUUAUGACAUUUUUAAAUGUUUGCAAGUUUACUAUUUCAUUAAAUAUUUAAUGAAAGGUC